ACUGGAAAACAAACUGGUUCUUUUAUAUGUUAGGUCUUUUUCAGGGCGACCCUCUAUCGGUUGUACUGUUCUUAAUAGUUUUCAACCUACUAUUGGAUCUCCUGAAAAAUCAAAGCGACUUGGGUUACAAGCCGUCUUUUAGUUCUAGCAGCACGUCAAGUCGUGCUUUUGCUGACGACCUAACUCUGAUGUCUCCCAGGCUGGAAAAGAUGAAGAAGCUAAUAGAUGUGAUGGAAAGAUUUCUUACUUGGUCAAGGAAAAUGAAAGCCAAGCCGAGUAAAUGCGUAUCCCUGGGGAUGAAGGUUAUAGAUGGAAGGUAUGUGUCCUAUGACCCUGAAAUUUUCAUAGAUGGAGCUCAAAUCCAGUUUAUUGGAAAUACACCGAUGAAGUUUCUUGGCCAUUGGAUAUAUGUGGAUCUGGGCCUCAAAGAUACCAAGAAGCUGAUAGAAGACAAACUGAUUACACUGUUUCAGGCAGUGGACGGAUCAGGCCUUAAUGGAGUGAUGAAAUGCUGGAUUUACAACAACCUCCUAACCAGCAAGCUCUCCUGGGACCUGAUGAUCUACAAUCUCCCGGUGUCCAAAGGUUACUCUCUAAAGAACAGCAAGGAUCCUAAAGUUAAGGAGGUCUACGAGCACAGGGCCAAGAAACAAGAAGGGAGCAGUCGGUGGGGUUACACUAAUGAGCUGAGUGCUAGAGAAAGAGAUCUCUACUUCAGAGAGUUAGUAGGGGUAACAGUGCAAGGCAGGAUGGGCUUGGGAUCCAAGAGGAGUGUAGCCAGUGAAAAGGAAAAACUGAAAGAACUGGUAUCCCACAUCUCAGAGCAGGAUAUCCUGUUGACACUGGUAGACAAGGGAGUUCAAGGACAAUUCUUAACAUGGGAAAACACCAUGCAGCUAGACCUAGGUUGGAACAACCUUAUUUACAACUACAAGAUGAGCCCUGCUCUUCUUAAGUUCCACCUCAAUGCAACCCAUGACGUUGCAAAUACUCCAGCAAACAUGAGCCUGUGGAACUAUGCUGACACAGGACACUGUCCACUUUGCGGAUGGAGACACUGCAACAUUAAGCACAUUUUGGUAGCUUGCAACUUCUCGCUGAACAACAAACGAUACAAUUGGAGGCAUGACAACGUGCUGCGGGUCAUUGCGAAAUCCCUACUGGAUCAAAUCGAGAAGUUCAACAACAAAGAUUUUAAACUUGAAGUUCAGGACUGGACAGGCUUCAAGUCAUCUAGCAGCUGUUACCAAAAACCGAAGACGAAGAUGAAAAGAGAGAGCCCUUUUGAGAAAGACCAAGAUUGGCAGAUUAUCUGGGACGAAGAUGACCUCCCAGCACAGUUCCCCCAGCACAUCUACGGAACUGCAGAACGUCCCGAUAUUGUAGUCUGGUCUGAUAAAGGAAAGGUGGUCAUAUUAGUAGAGUUGACAGUUGGUGACGAGAGUAACUUUAGUGACCAAGUAGAACGUAAACAAGCACGUUACAACAGAGAGCUUAUUCCUGGGCUGCAUGGCAGUGGGUGGAAAGCUCAGCUUUUUACGGUAGAGGUUGGGUGUAGAGGCUUCUGGCAUCAUACCUUACCAGCCCUACUAAACUACUUUGGUGUUACAAAGAGAGUAAAGAAAGCAGUGUUCCAAGAGGCGGCUUUGGUUGCUCUCAGAUGUUCCUAUGCAAUCUGGUUAGCAAGAGAAAACAAGAAGUGGAGUCCCUGCUACAACAUCGCACAAAGACCCACUGUUCUACCAUCAACUGAGUGAGCUGAGUGUUGGGCCCUUAAAACAUUGUUUAAAGCCACACCUGGAAUCUCAAGUACCAGGAUCAGUGAUGGAAGCUAAGCAGAUACAUAGAUGGAGUUGCUAUCGAAAGAUAUAGAACUCAGGUAUCCAACAUCGUACCUUGAUUAUAUUG